CUUGGUUCACUUCGACAGCGAGCGACACUCGGUCCGUUGAGCGUAUAAACGUUUGUUUUGCUUGACGGUUUUUUGUUUUACUUUUUUUUUGGAUUAAUUCGACGUCAUCGCUUUGUUAUUGUCGUCAUCAAAUGUAAAGCAAUCAAAUAUUAUCGUUGGUAAUGCUUGUGGUAGUUCGGUAUUGCCGUUUCUUUUGAACGUGUUUAUAUGUGAGUGAGUCCUUAACACAAGUGCUGUGCGUUUCAUAAAGUUAAUCUUUCUUGUAUAGAAUACCCAAGAAUCAAACAUCAUCAUUAUCGUCUUCAUCACAGCUAACCAUCAUCAGAACUAAAAUAACAACAAAAAGCCUCCCCCCCCCCAUCCUCUCUCACCACCUUAAUUUGCUUGUGUUAUAUGUUAUUGUUGUCGUCACCGUUGUUGUCGCUGCUCGCAGGCAACCAACCGACAUUGGCGGCGACUUCGACGACAACAUCACGACGACGAAGAAGAAUCAGAAGCAGAAGACAACGAGUGAAAAAUGUUAAUACUUUUUUCUGUCUGCCAGCCAGCCACACUAAUGCCAGCAGUGGUUCGUUCUGUCGGUUUAGUCUUCACUCAGAAUCCAUUUUAUUAAUGUGUAUUAAAGCAUUCAUUGCGGUUGCGGUAACUGAAAAAACCGGACGGAAAUUUUGUGUAAAAGAAUUUAAAGAGUGUCAAGCGAAUUAUAACAAGAAGAAAAAAAUUAAAAGUCGACAAGUCUUGAGUCUGAGCCAACCAAGUGUGUAAGGCAUUAAAAAUAUUAUGAAAUAUUUAAUGUACCGUUAUUUAAACAAAUCACAAUAAGAAACCCCAACAACACCACAUCAAAGUGUUAAUUUGAAAAUUUCUACACAAAAGAAAAAGAACGCGUGUGUGUGAGUGAGAGUGUGCAAUAUCAAGAAGCCAAAAGACCAGCCACACACAGCCACGAAUUUUUGUCGCCAGCUGAAAUUAAAAAAAAUGAAAGCGAAAUUUCGUUGUCAUCUCAUUUGAUAUCUACAACCACCCUAUCAACUAAAACAAUACAAUCAACAAAAAGAAGGCAAUCACUUGCACAAAAAUAAUAAUUCAACUGUUAACUGAGAUUCAAACCGAAUGCAGUAUUUCAACUACGCCAUACAAACAUCCUCUCGUUUCCUAACCUCAACUGCCGCCAACAGCCAUAAUCCCCAGUUCCCCAUUCCCCUACCCGGUUCCAGCAGUAGUGCCCAAUCCCCCACAAACGGAGAUCUCCUGAACGCCAAUAGUCUUGAAGAAACAACACAUCAUAGCUAUUCCGUCUCCGCUGCCACUGCCACCGCCGCUGUAGUAACCGCUGCAGUACCCCCGGCCUGUGCUGCUGCGGACUCUGAACCUACACAAAAUCCAUGAAAUUUACUCACCACAUUUAAUGUUAACUUUGCGCGAAACAAACUGUUAUCAUUCUUUAAUCGCGAUAUGGCCGCUACCGAUGGCCAAAUAAUAUUGGCCGCAUCCCGUUUCGGGGAUACGGCAACAGCGCCGCCGGUCUAUUUGCGUGACUUUUCCAAACAAAAACUACCGGCUGUGGCGAAAAUUGUCAAGGGGCAACAUCAAAAUCUGGGCGUACCCACGCUAUCGGCACCCUCGCUCCAGAGCACAGCCCUGUUUCUGAGCUCUGGCAAAAAGUAUCAAAUUCUAGCACAACCCAUCAAAUUGAAGGAGGGUCGCAAACCGACCAAUGUUGGUGCUAAAGUUCUCAUACCCGAAACCUAUCCGGGUUUCUUUGAACUGCUCAGCGAAGAUGGCCGUUCGACACGAUGCAUUGAAUCGGUGUUGGAGCUAUCGAAACGUCGCAACUGUCGGGUAUUGGUGCGUGAAACAUUUCGUUGUCCGACAAUGAAUCGGACCAUCCAUGCCGGUGAACUGCUGACGACCAUGAACGACAAUGGCAAGGUUCUGCAGUGCCGAAACAUCAAGGAUGAGAUCAUCAAUUUGCCACUCGAUACCAAAGCGAAAUUUUCACCCAUUGCUAAGGAGGAUAGCAUUAGUGGGGUGCAUACGGUGAAGAAUCUGCUGCUAAAGCGUAUGCCUAUAGUUGUGAGAUUAGUUCACGGUAGCGUACCGAAGGGUUUGAAACAGCCCUUCGUUCCCGAGAUGCGUCUUUUGGGCUGUGUUGAAAUCGAUCGCAUUUUUGCUCUGCCCCUGCAAAAGGACAACGAUCUGGUGCCGGUUCCACUCAAUGCCAAGAUCAAACUGCAACGAGCCAAAAACAUGGAUCAGUUGGAACAUUUCAUCGAGUACACCCGAUUUCUGGACAAGGCACAGCGUUUGCUGUGCGAUGCCCGCGAUCGUUUGCAAGUCGUCGACAUUAAGCUGUCCGAAAAGGAGAAAAAGGACUCGAAAUUUAGUAACCGUAACAAAUUACCCGUGGUUAUGUUGCCAUCAGCGGCCGGUGUGGCAUAUGUGGCCAAUGGCUUGCUCGAGAAUGGAUAUAUUCUGAAACGUAGUGCCAGCUGUGAUUCGUACAGUAAAAAUCAACCACCCGCCGAAAUAUCGGAAGAGUAUAAGGACAUCGAUCACAUAUAUGACUAUGUGCGCGGUUUGGCUCCGCUGACGAAGGCUCUGUCGCGAUUCGAGCCGAUCAAUGAGACGCCCACAAUUAAGUCACAGUAUACCGAUAGUAGCGGCAACUAUUGCAGUCUGAUACGCGUUAACCCGAAUUCAAAUGGCCAUAACAACAAUAAUAACAACAAUUCGAAUAGCAAUAACAACAGUUUAAACAACAGCGGUGGCAACAUUAGCAGCAGCAACAAUAAUAACAACAACAAUUACAGUAGUCUAGAAUCGAACAAGCACACCAACACGAACAGCAGUCACAACAGCAGCAGCAAUCACAGUCAUCACCAUCAUCACUCGCACUCACAUCACCUACCACCGGCCGUUGUCGGCGGUGGCGGCGGCGGCCAUCAUCACCACCACCAGAACCAUUCUCACAAUCAUCCGACACCCACCAGCGGUCAUGUAGUCAAUCAUUACCAACACAGUCAUGUCCAGGAGGACAUUAAGCCAGUGCCACCACCUAUCGAGACGAUUCCGGGUAAAAAAUUGCCCGAAAAGCGACAGCGACCCACACUACCAAAGCUUUACUUGAAAAAUACCCACAGUGCUGGUAGCAGCAGUGGAGGUGGCAUGGGCGGUGGCAACACCAACACAAGCAGUUCCAAUGGUAGCCACCACCAUUCACAUCAUCAACAACAUCACAGCCAUCAUCAUAGUCAUCAGGCGUCGGCGGCGGUGGUGAAUGUUAACGCCUCGGCGUCUUCAGCCGUUGUGACAGCUGUGGCGGCCCAUCAUCAUACGCAUCACCAUCCGAAUGGUCGCGUCUUAACACCCAGCAAUCAUCAUCACUCCCCACUGAACGGUGUGGUGGGUGGAGCACCGUUAAGUGCUGGCAUUUUGAAUAAGGAUUGUGGCCUGGAACCGCAAUCGCCACUGUUUCACAUUCGUUACAAAAGUCUCAGUAGUCUGCAAUUGACACCCGAUAGCACCUCCAUUUCACCGCCGAUCUCAACCAAUCCCAAAGGUCAAUCCAUAGUCGCACCACCCGAUCUAGUACUUAAAUGUAGUAGCAACAGCAACAACAACAUCAACUGCCAUCCAGCACCGCUGCCCUUGAGUAAAAGCUCCAGUACAACUGGCGGUCUGACGGGUAUGCUGCACUCCUCACACCCCCACAAUCCGCGUGAAGGCACCCUCGAUUCAUCGCGCAGCGGUGGACGCACCUCGGGCGACUCCAAUAAAUUGCCCGAAAAGAAGACGAGACGUCUGUCGAGGCCUCGUAGUUUAUCGAAUUUAGUCUGGGAUCUAAGGCCAUCCAAAGAAAAGUCCAAAAAGAAACUCUACAUUCAUCACUUCGACCAUCGUCAGCAGGCGACACUGUACUUGUAGUCAGACGGCGACGGCGGCGACAGAUAUAUUGCAAUUGCAUGUCGGCAAUGUUUAGAAUUUUAGCUUGAAAACAAAACAAAAAAACUGUCAAUCAGGCAUUGCUGGGAGUACGUUUGUCAUCAUAAGGUUCGCUGUUGGCCUGUUCAUUAACCCAAAACGAGAGAAAAACAAAACGAUGGAAAUAAAAUGGGCAAACAACAACGACCCAAUCCCAGCAUACGGGCCUAUAACGCCUACUCAUCGUUACAACAGAUCACCAUUAUUAGCCUCAGCUUUGGAGCUUUACCACCACCUCAUCAUUGUCAUCAUCGCCAUCAUCGUUUAGCCUAACCCCGCUGUAGCAUCUAGAAAUACUUCUAAUUCUUUGACCUACCCCUCUUCCUAUUCUUCAUAUUCUUGUGCUUUUGUUAUUCUACCAAAUACUGCCAUCAUUAACAGCGCCAACCAGCACCAGCACCACAACAUCAACACCAGCAUUUUUGAAAACAUCAGUGUCUAAGUGUUCGCAGAAAACAGAAUAAAUGAACGAAGCAAGGAAGGAAGGAAUUACUUCAGUGCAUAUUUAUAAGAUCUUUUGAAUAACAUUUCCAUGGAAACCUCAGUCUGGCAGUGGAAGCAGCAAAAAUAUUUUAUUUUAAAAUUCCGAACAUCAGAACGAAAGCAUGAAUUUAAAUUAUCCACAAGAUUUGUGUUCCAAAAUUACUUAGAUCAAAUUGAUGAAAGCUUUAAUUGUUUUGUUUUAACAAGAAAAAAGUAAAUGUGCCUUUUAUUUAAAAUAAAUAACGAAUAAUAUUUGUAUGUCUGUAUAAAUAUAGAUUGCGAUCCCCCUUACCUCCCUCCCUCGCCACCCACCCCUCAUAGCCAUUAUGCCCUCAUUACAAUUACUAACUACAAUUAUGCGAUUAAGCUUGUUUUUAUUAAGCUUGCAAUUGAAAAUCCAUUUAAAUAUUUCUCUAAGAAAAAAUAUUUCAUAUUGGAGAAAAGCGGAAAAGUUAAAUUAACAAAACAAAAAAUAAAAAAGAAAUAAAAAUUCAAACGAAAUGAGGAAAUCACAAUUUCGUCUUAAGUCUGUAGAUGAAAACUGACAAAAAAUAGACUUACACAGAAGUUGUUGGAUUUCCUCGCUUAUGAAAGUAAAGCAAAAAAAACAAAAGCUAAUAAAACGACAUAAAAAAUGCUUAACAAAAAAAAGUGAAUUCUCAUUAACAUUUAUCAAGUCUUGAAAAUUGUGAUUUUAUUUUAAUAUUUUUUUUUUUAUUACAACAAAAGCAAAACAGAAAACUCUAAAAGAAUGUAUAGGAAUUCUGUCAUUGUCUUAGAUGUUAGAGUAGUAAACAAAAACAAUUUGUUUUUUUAAUGCUGAGCUAAAUAGAUAAGUUUUAAUAUUUUAGGAUUUGCUUAAGUGAAUAUGUUUUUUUUUUUUUUUUUUUUAAUUUUUUGUAUAGACAGUUACAUAAGUUUCAGGGGUAUGUCAUUCAAAAUUAAUUGAUAAUUUUAUUUUCGAAAAUUUAAAUUAUGAGCAUAUAUUAAAUACGAUUUCCCAUACAAAACACAGGGUGUACCAAAAUAUGGCCAGAUAAAUUUGAUAGCCUUUUUGAAAACUAAGAAAUUUGGCCAUACUGAAAGUUCGUCAUUUGUUGGUAUUUUUGGUAUAUCCCCAUCCACAUUGCUGCCACUUUUCGUAGAAUGUAAUUGAAACCCAGCAAACAGACUAUCAUCUCAAGAAACUUCAAUUCAAUUAUAAUCAAAAAAGAAAAAAAUCAAAUUAAUUAAUAAAAUACAAAUAAUCUCAUAAUAUAUAAUUGAAAAUCACACACACACACAAUUUCUAUAUUAACUUCUUUCUAAUAAUAACAACAAAAGCAAUAUAAACGAAAUCAUUGCAAUAUUAACUAUUAAAAGUAACGCGCUAUUGAAUCAAAUCACAGCAAACGAAAAUAAUUAAUUUCCCCAUUCUUAGGAAAGUUUUUCAAAACGAAAAAAAGAAAAUACUAAAAAACUCUUUAGGCAUCCAACAAACAAACUUGUCAUUAUUAUUUUAUUUAAUUAUUUUUUCUUAUAAUUUAAAUUCUCACUUACCAUGUCCAUAUAAAUGUAUUCCAUUCAGAUUAUGUUUUGUUUUUAAGUUUUUUUUCUUUAAUUUUUAUAGCAACAUAGACUUCAUGCAAUGCAUAUUUUUAUAUGCUUCAAACAAAAAAAAAAAAAAACAAACAAUUCAUAAAAUAAAUAUUAUAAUUAAAAUAAAAUAUAAUUAUUAUUAUUAUUAUCAACUGUUUCAGUCGUCGUUUAUGUAUUAUUAUUAAUUGAUCAUUAUAUAAUUUUAGCCUUACAUAUAUACAUACAAAAAUAUAUAAACAUUCUAUGUGUAUUAAAAAAAACAAAACAUAUUUUAUGAGAAAAAUAAAAUAAACAAAAAUCAUUAAAAA